GAGGCGGGAUCUUAUCAUAGUCCAGCUGGUUUAAAAAAGUAAAUGCUGGCAACAAAAAUAAGCAGCCAGUCUUCAAAUUUGUUGAGAACAUUAACUCGACAUAGAAACUGGAGGGACGGCAGCAAUGCAUAAACAAAAGAUAAACCUGCUGGAGGUUUGGCAUAGGAAUCGUGCAGCUCCCACAAACAGAGCCAAGAAUUUAAAACUAUGGCCUCAUCAACUAUCACAGCUGAGAGACCCCGAAAUGGUGGCAUCCCUCAUCCAUCAGAAUGUCAAGAUGGCGCGUUUACUCUCACCAACAGGCAGCGAUGUUUUUCGCCCCUUCACUUGGGAGUCCCUUGCUGAGAUCGAGCAGCGGAUGGCUGAAGAAGCUGCCGAAAGGGAGCAGUUAAAGGCCCAGAAUAUUGAGGUGAAUGAGGAGGACCUGCCCAAACCCAGCAGUGACCUGGAAGCGGGAAAGGUCCUGCCAUUCAUCUAUGAAGACCCUCCAUCAAAGCUCCUCAACGUGCCUCUUGAAGAGUUGGAUCCAUUCUACAAAGCACAAAAAACGUUCAUUGUGAUCAACAAAGGGAAUACAAUACAUCGAUUCAAUGCUGAACCUGCCUGCUACAUUCUAAGUCCCUUCAGCUGUGUUCGACGAGUAGCCACACGAAUACACAUACAUUCAUUGUUUAGAAAGUUCAUCAUGUUAACCGUCUUGUCAAACUUUCUGUUCAUGACGAUGAGUGACCAUCCAGCCUGGAGCACAACAGUAGAAUAUGCUUUCAUUGGCAUUUACACAUUUGAGGCAUUGGUAAAGGUGCUAUCCAGAGGCUUCUGCAUUGGAAAUUUCACAUACCUUAGAGAUCCGUGGAAUUGGCUAGAUUUCAUGGUCAUCAUUAUGGCGUACCUCAAAGAGUUUGUGGACGUCUAUGAUCUUCGUGCCCUGAAAUUGAUUACUGCAAUUCCAGGUGUAAAAACCAGUGUUGGCACUCUGAUCCAGUCAGUGAAGAAAUUGGCAGAUGUCAUGAUUCUCACAGUCGUCUCUCUGAGUGUGUUUGCUCUCAUUGGCCUACAAAUGUUCAUGGGAAAUUUGCGUCAAAAAUGUGUCCUGUGGCCUCCGAUUUACCCAGAAGAUCUGAGCAUGAACUUCAAUCGUACAGACUUUAAUGAAACUAAUGCUGCCAACAGCACAUUCAUCUUCCAGGAAUAUAUUGAAAAUCCAGAGAACCACUACUUUAUACCUGGUCAUUUAGAUGCAUUACUAUGUGGGAACAGCUCUGAUGCAGGGAAGUGCCCUGAGGGGUACACAUGCAUGAAAACGGGCCAAAACCCAAAUUAUGGCUACACAAGUUACGACAACUUUGGGUGGGCUUUUUUAGCUCUUAUUCGGCUUAUGACUAAAGACUUCUGGGAAAACUUGCUUCACUUGACACUUCGUGCAGCAGGGAAGACCUACGUGAUCUUCUUUGUAGUCAUCAUCUUCUUGAUCUCGUUCUACCUGAUCAAUCUGAUUCUGGCUGUGGUGGCAAUGGCGCAUGCAGAGCAGAAUGAAGCCACCAGAGCAGAAGCUAAAAAAAAGGAGGAAGAGUAUGCAAGUAUCAUGGAAAUGCUCAAGAAACAAGCCAAGCAGAAGAGUGGGAUGGUUAAUGGAAGCAGAACCUCACUGUCAAGUAAAAAGAAAGAUGAUGAUGAUGAUGACAAUCAUGAUGGGUUUGCAUUGAAACUCCUCUCAGGUGGGGAGAUGGGUCUUGAGGUCACAAAGUCAAAAGGAAGAAUUAACCACCUAAACAUCCCUGACAUGAGGAUAAGAAAACCAGUUGCAAUGAGCACAACAGACAAUGCUUUAGAUGAGUUGGAGGAUACACAAAGAACAUGUUCUCCCUGCUGGUACAAGUUUGCUGACAUAUUCCUAAAAUGUGAUUGCUGCAUGCCAUGGGUUAAAUUCAAGAAGCUUGUCUACUUAUUCGUGAUGGACCCUUUUGUGGAUCUGGGCAUCACCAUCUGCGUUGUGCUCAACAUGUUGUUCUUUGCAAUGGAGCACUAUCCAAUGACUGAAGAGUUUGAAAACAUUUUAAGUGUGGGAAACCUGGUAUUCACAUGUAUCUUCACAGCAGAGAUGAUCCUAAAACUUAUAGCAUUGGACCCAUAUUAUUACUUCCAGGAUGGCUGGAACAUAUUCGACAGCAUAAUUGUGACCUUGAGUCUGUUGGAGUUGUACUUAGCCAAUGUUGAGGGCUUUGGUGUGGUAAGGUUCUUCCAUCCGCUUCGUGUGUUUAAGCUGGCAAAGUUCUGGCCCACUUUUAACAUGCUGAUAAAGAUCAUCAGAAAUUCUGUGGGUGCCCUUGGCAACCUGACCCUCGUCCUGGCCAUUAUUGUCUUUUUCUUCGCUGUGGUGGGCAUGCAGCUUUUCGGAAAGAGCUACAAAGACGGUGUGUGUAAGAUCUCGUAUGACUGCCAGCUGCCUCGCUGGCACAUGGCAGAUUUCUUUCACUCAUUCCUCAUCAUCUUUCGUGUCUUGUGUGGGGAAUGGAUUGAAACUAUGUGGGACUGCAUGGCUGUGGCUGGCCAAGGCAUGUGCAUCGUCUUCUUCAUGAUGGUCAUGGUUAUUGGAAACCUGGUGGUUUUGAAUCUAUUCUUGGCUUUGCUACUCAGCUCCUUCAGUGGGAACAACCUGUCAGCUUCUGACGAUAAGAGCGAAAACAAUCUGCAGAUUGCCAUUUCUAGAAUUACACGAGGCAUUGUCUGGGUAAAGGCCUUCAUUACCAGACAUGCAAGACAGCAGCUAGGUCUGAAGCCAAAGGAAGAAUCCAAGAAAAUUAACAAAGGGGGCAAUAACAUUAACCUGAAAAUGGUGGAUGGGCGGGAUGACAAGGGCCACCCUGGUGGGGCUGUCUUGAAUUCCAAUAUGACAGUUAUCAAAGUCCCUAUAGUCAAUGGUGAAUCUGAUGAUGAUGCUGACAGCACUACUGAGUAUGAAGACAAAGAGGCUAUCGAUAGUAAUAAAAAAAAACUAUUCCAGAUUCCAGAAAAUAUUGUUGAAAAAGAUUCCACCAUCCCUGAGGACUGCUAUACAGAAAAUUGCAUGAGGCAAUGUCCUUGCUUGGAUGUUGACAUUACCAAAGGUAUAGGAAAGGCAUGGUGGAACUUUCGUAAAGCCUGCUUUGCUAUUGUGGAACACAGCUACUUUGAAACCUUUAUCACCUUCAUGAUCCUCCUUAGCAGUGGCGCUUUGGCAUUUGAGGACAUAUACAUUGAUCAACGAAGAAUGAUUAAAAUCAUCCUUGAAUAUGCGGAUCAGGUCUUCACCUAUGUGUUUGUUAUUGAGAUGAUUUUGAAAUGGGUGGCCUAUGGCUAUAAGGUGUAUUUCACAAAUGCAUGGUGUUGGCUGGACUUUCUCAUUGUUGAUGUGUCUUUGAUCAACUUGACAGCAAAUAUGUUAGGCUUCUCUGACCUGGGGGCCAUUACAUUUCUCAGAAGUUUGAGAGCUCUGAGACCUCUUAGGGCUCUCUCCAGAUUUGAAGGAAUGAGGGUGGUGGUAAAAGCCCUGGUGGGGGCCAUCCCUUCUAUCUUCAACGUCCUCUUGGUGUGCCUUAUGUUAUGGCUCUUCUUCAGCAUCAUGGGAGUGGGUAUGUUUGCUGGAACGUUCUUCCACUGCUUCAACACAACAUCCAAAGAGAUGUUCCUUCGCUCUGAGGUCAACAAUAAGACUCAAUGCAUUGAGCUCAUAGAGGCUGGUUAUGUGGAUGUGCGAUGGAUGAAUAUGAAGGUCAACUUUGACAAUGUAGGCAUGGGCUUCCUCUCCUUACUGCAAGUGGCAACUUUUAAAGGAUGGAUGACCAUCAUGUAUAGUGCUGUGGAUUCCCAAAAUAUUGAAGUACAGCCGGAGUAUGAGGCAAACAUCUAUAUGUACCUUUUCUUUGUUAUUUUCAUUAUCUUUGGCUCCUUCGUCCCCCUAAACCUAUUUAUUGGUGUCAUCAUUGAUCAUUUCAACCAACAGAAAGCAAAGAUAAGAGGUACUGACAUCUUCAUGACAGAGCAGCAGAAAAAGUACUACAAUGCCAUGAAGAAACUUGGCUCCAUGAAGCCACAGAAACCUAUUCCAAGGCCUGUGAACUGCUUUCAAGGCCUUUUAUUUGACCUGGUCAACAAGCCGUUCUUUGACAUCUUCAUUAUGGUGCUGAUCUGCCUGAACAUGGUGACCAUGAUGGUGGAGACAGAUGACCAGAGUGCAGAAAAAGAAGUAGUUCUGUAUCUUAUCAAUCUGGUCUUCAUAGUGCUUUACGUUGUGGAGUGCGUUCUGAAGCUCAUCGCCCUUCGACAUCACUACUUCUCCUCUGGGUUGAACAUAUUGGAUUUUGUUGUGGUCAUUCUUUCAGUUGUAGGUCUUUAUCUGGCAGACCUUGUUGAGAAGUACUUUGUCUCACCUACCCUUUUUCGUGUCAUCAGACUGGCCAGAAUUGGCCGUGUUCUGCGGCUCAUUCGAGGCACGAAAGGUAUCAGAACAUUACUGUUUGCGCUAAUGAUGUCACUUCCUGCCCUCUUUAACAUUGGCCUGAUUCUUUUCUUAAUAAUGUUCAUUUUUUCAAUACUUGGCAUGUCCAACUUUGCAUAUGUAAAGAAAGAAGCGGGAAUUGAUGACAUGUACAAUUUUGAGACUUUUGGGAGCAGUAUAAUAUGCAUGUUCAUGAUCACAACGACUGCUGGUUGGGAUGGACUUUUGUUACCUAUUCUCAAUAGCCCCCCAGACUGUGACCCAACUAAAGAGAACCCAGGCUCAAUGGUCAGAGGCGACUGUGUGAGCCCUGCAGUCGGAAUUGUCUUCUUCUGCAGCUACAUUGUUAUAACUUUCCUCCUUUUGGUCAAUAUGUACAUAGCCAUUAUUCUUGAGAACUUCAACGUAGCAACAGAGGAGAGCAGUGAUCUCUUGUGCGAGGAUGACUUUGAGAUGUUCUAUGAAACCUGGGAAAAGUUUGACCCUGAUGCCUCUCAGUUUAUAGAUUACAGUAUGUUGUCCGAAUUCUGUGACACAUUGAAAGAGCCACUGAGAAUCCCAAAACCAAACACACUUAAUUUGAUCAAAAUGGACCUUCCAAUAGUUUCUGGAGAUAAAAUCCACUGUCUGGAUAUUCUUUUAGCCCUAACUAAAGAGGUUCUUGGAGAUUCUGGGCAGAUGGAUAGAAUAAAAGCAACAAUGGAGGAGAAAUUCAUGUCAAACAACCAUUCAAAAGCUUCACAUGAGCCAAUUACUAGCACUCUUAGACAUAACCAAGAGGAGGUGGCCACUUCAAUUAUUCAAAGAGCAUACCGCAAGCACUUGCUUAAACGCACCAUCAAACAUGCCUCAUAUAUCUACAGAGAGAAGACAGACUCAAAGAGAAAAGAUGAGGAGGUUCCAGAGAAUGUGGGGAUGAUAGCUAAGAUAAUGAGCCGUUUCUAUGGAGAUCAGGCCAUUGAGGAUGACAACGACAAAGCUUCAGCUUUUUCUUUCCCUCCACAAGAGAAAAACCAGCCCAGGGGAUGUAGUCCAGUGGUCAAGGAUCAGAGUGAAAUAAUCUUGCACUCUGCCCCAAUUCCCAACCCUGACUCCUCAACCAAUAUGGAGUCCAUUGUGUAGCAUGUUCCACCCAUGGUAUAAAAUGAAGAUUUAGAAUGCACAGAAUACUGAGACCCCUGUUCAUCUUUAGAGUUAAAUCUUGGCACACUUAGCCAGUAUGAAAGAACUGUGAUGGCAAAGAAUUGCAUUCAAAGUAACUGAUGCAAUCGAAGUGUCAGUACUGCCCUUGAGAAGACAAUCUCAAACUGUUUGUGAAAUGUCACUGGAAACUAUUGGGAUGCAAGCCUAAAGCCCUACUACAGAUAUUAAAGUGGUGUCAUUUUUUAAAAAGUUUGGAUCUACUGAACCAUAGAGAACACUAGAGAAGUGAAUGAUUUAAUUAGAACUAUACAUCAUUUUCUAUUGCUUACAGUCAGAAGAUAAAAAAUAUAUAUAUAUAUAUAUAUAUAUAUAUAUAUAUAUAUAUAUAUAUAUAUAUAUAUAUAUAUAUAUAUAUAUGUAUAAAUUGUAAGCACAACAAUGAUAUGAUUUUAUUGCAUUGAAUAUGACAAUAUUUGAGAGUACACUAUUAGUAAACACUGCAUAGUAAGCCUCAAGUCAAAUAAAAGUUAAAACUAUAGGUUGCCAAAAUAAAAAAAAUUGUAAAUAUGUAUUCUGUAAUAUUUAACUUUUUGCCUAACAAGCCUUUUUUGGGUUAUAGGAAAUAUUGGAAAUUGUUAAUUCAAAGUAUAAAGUCUGUGAAGUCCUCGGCUUACUUCUGUGGGUUGAAUUCAUUCAUUUAUUCAUUUUUACUUUACUUUGUUGUCAUUUAAUAUGAGCCAGAUGGGGGGUUGUGCGAUUUGCCUAGUAUGUAGUGGUAAAGGAGGGUAUAACUUUUAAUUAAACGAAUAAGGAAACGACAGUUCCAAUGCCAAUUGGCAUAUACAUGAAUAUCCAAAUAUAAAAAAACUGAAUAUAAAUAAACAAGAAAUGCUGUUUAUACAGAAUAUACAAAGAAUAACAGAAUUUAAGCAACAUGUAACAACAUUUAAAAUAUGACUUUUGGAGGCUAUAUUUGUAUUAAUUUUUUGAAUAAACUUACGUUUUCUUAAA